GGCUUCCGUAGGCAACAUGGCGGCCUCCCGCCUGCCACCUGCGACCCUGACACUGAAGCAGUUCAUGAGAAGGCAACAAGUUCUCCUCCUCUACAGAAAGAUUUUGCGAGCGAUUAAGCAAAUUCCAAGUGAUUCUGACCGGAAAUACCUUCAGGAUUGGGCCAGGGAAGAAUUUAAAAGAAACAAAAGUGCCACCGAGGAGGAUACAAUCCGAAUGAUGAUUACCCAAGGCAACAUGCAGCUAAAGGAAUUAGAGAGGACACUUGCUUUAGCCAAAUCUUAACUGGAAGAUUCUCAGACCUCCAUGUGUUUGCAGAUGCUUAGAGCCACUGUCACAAAGCACCCACGAAAAAGACUAUAAUCAGUCUGAUCGAGAAUGUAAAUGAAGGUGUGUUAACAUUUCCACGACAGUCCCUGGCUAUAAUUAAAACUCAAGCUAAUGUCAAGAUGAGAGCUUGGAAGCCUACAUUGCCCCUCGGGAAGGUAAAAUGGCAGCCACUUUGAUGAGAAACAGAUUAUUAGUUAUUAGUUCUUGAAAAGGCAGUGUGGACAGGAUUGGUGAGAUGGCUCCGUGUGAAGGCUCUUGCUGCCAACGACCUGAGUUUGAUCCCUGGGACACACAUGGUGGAAAGAGAAAACCACUCCAGAAAGUUGUCCUCCGACCUCCACACAAGGCACUGUGGCACACAAACCAAAACGGGAGUAAAUGUGAUUAAAAUAAAAGGGGGAGUGUGAUAGGCAGUUACCUCAUACUUUAGCAAGUCUCUAAUCAAGAGAACUGAAGCCUUACCUAUGUAAAAGUGCACCACAGAGUUCAGCAUUCUUCGGCUUUUUGAGACAGGGUGUCUCCAUGUAGCCCUAGUAGUCCUAGAACUCACUUUGCAGACCAGGCUGCCUUUGCGUCCCAGGUGCUAGGAUUAAAGGUGUGGCCCAGCAUACCCAGUUGAAUUCAGUAUUCUUCAUAACCAGACUCUGAAUAUUGGAUGCAGCAGACCCAUUAACUGAUGCAGGUUCAUGCUUUGAAGGUAAGUUUACAGUCCAAGGAGGUUGUUGAGGCCUGCGCCCCCUGUCCCUGCCCCCAGACACACAACUCCCCCAGCAUAGCUGUAGCCGGUGUGUUCCCUCCUGCCAACUAUUUCAUCUUGUUGCUGUAACAUGCCUGCCAGUCAUUGACACGGAAGAAUAACUUGACCCAGAACAGAGUCAUGCUGACCACAUAUCCAGAUAUGAAUGAGGUUUGUUAAUCUUAAGAAAUUCCACACUUCACUUAGGACCCAUCAAACUAAACAUCGACGUGAGCUGUAAUGUCUAAAACAGCUUGAGUCAGAGCUGACCACUGGGCAGCACUUCCUGUACCUGUGUCUGAGUUCACUGUAGUUUUUGCGGUUUUAGCUUUUAUAAGCUGACAGGAAAGAUGUUGGGGUUGUAGCCUUAGCCCUGAAUUCUGGGCUAAGGCCCUAAUCUUAGGGUGUGCACUCAACAAACUAUCCCUGUCUGAGAUUAUUGUGUGGUUUGUGGGCAACUCCUUUUUCAAUAAACAGUUUAAACACAA